CUGAUUUCUGGUGGUCCGUGUGUCUUUCCGGGGCUGGCGGCUACAACAUACUUACUCAGACAUGACUAAGAUGCGCGUAACUCACUACAUCAGCUGACUGUAACCCCUUCCUGCAAGAAAAAAAACCAAAAACCAGAACAAACUUCUCUUGGUCCCCUUUCUUUCUACUUCUUCCCGUUUCUUGUCUUCCUUCCUUCGCUUUUUCUGUCUAGCGCUUUGUCGCUGUUCCCCUCCGCCUCACCCCAAGAACGCCUGCGCAAACUCAGAGGUCCAAGUCGGCAGGCGCUCUGUAGCCCGUAAAGCCUUUGCUUUGCAGCGUAGCCGUAAAGCGCCGGUCUCGCCUUGGGGACGUCAGGGGGCUCAGGUGGUUGUUCCCCGGCAGCUGGGGCAGAGAGUGUCGGUGUCCCCUGUGGAUCUGGUUGGCUUCGUUGCACUUAGGAAACAGUUGGACUGGGGAAGCAGCUGGACUGUUAUUUUGGGAGGCCUCCUGGUCCCUGUGUGUUUAGGGGAUAGACCUAGCUAGUCCUCGGAAACCGGAGGGCGGCCGGGUCCUAGUGCCGGCCAAAUACCCGGGGCCCGGGGCUGUGGCGCCGGCGGAGGCAGCAACCUAAGCUAAGAGAGACUUCACUGCGUGAAUUCGCCCGUGGGGCGCUGAUGGCCGGACGCAUCCUGAGAAAGACUUUAGCCACGGUGUCUCUCUCUGUGGCCUUGGCCUCUGUGACUGUCAAGUCCUCGGGCUGUCGCAACAUCCCGGAGUGCAGAAACUCAUUUUCAUCCUGUGGGUUUCAUCUUAACUCCAACAUCAUGUCUGCUUCUAAUGGUGCCAAAGAGAAUUCCCACAACAAGGCUCGGACAUCUCCUUACCCAGGUUCAAAAGUUCAACGCAGCCAGGUUCCUAAUGAGAAAGUAGGCUGGCUUGUUGAGUGGCAAGACUAUAAUCCUGUGGAAUACACUGCAGUCUCUGUCUUGGCUGGACCCCGGUGGGCAGAUCCUCAGAUCAGUGAAAGUAACUUUUCUCCCAAGUUUAAUGAAAAAGAUGGACAUGUUGAGAGAAAGAGCCAGAAUGGCCUGUAUGAGAUUGAAAAUGGAAGACCUAGAAAUCCUGCAGGACGGACCGGACUGGUUGGCCGAGGGCUUUUGGGGCGAUGGGGCCCAAAUCAUGCUGCAGAUCCCAUCAUAACCAGGUGGAAAAGGGAUAGAAGUGGAAAUAAAAUCACCCACCCUAUUUCUGGGAAAAACAUCUUACAGUUUGUUGCAAUCAAAAGGAAAGACUGUGGAGAAUGGGCAAUCCCAGGGGGGAUGGUGGAUCCAGGAGAGAAGAUUAGUGCUACACUGAAAAGAGAAUUUGGUGAGGAAGCUCUCAAUUCCUUACAGAAAUCCAGUGCUGAAAAGAGAAAAUUAGAGGAACAGUUGCACAGACUCUUCAGCCAGGAACAUCUAGUGAUAUAUAAGGGAUAUGUUGAUGAUCCUCGAAACACUGAUAAUGCAUGGAUGGAAACAGAAGCUGUGAACUACCAUGAUGAAACAGGUGAGAUAAUGGAUAACCUUACCUUAGAAGCUGGAGAUGAUGCUGGAAAAGUGAAGUGGGUGGAGAUCAAUGAUAAACUCAAGCUUUAUGCCAGUCACUCUCAGUUCAUCAAACUUGUGGCAGAGAAACGAGAUGCGCACUGGAGUGAGGACUCUGAAACUGACUGCCAUGGGUUAUAGCUCACAGUCUCCAUGUAUGCCAAAGGCCAGCAAAGGAACAUGUACUGAUAAGGCAAUAUCACAGAACUCAUACUAGAAAGGGGGCAGGGUAGGUGACUUAGAAAUUAUUUUAUUCACUUUCAAAAUGAUUUUCAUUUAGAAAGUUUUACAUCAGAAUAAAAUUAGUAAAUACAGUGAAAUGCAGCACAAUUUUUUGCUUUCUAGUCAAGAGAACUAUAAACAACCAUAUUUUGUAUGUAUUCUAUUAAAGCAUGCCUUAAAGCAAAUUUAAACAACUUUGAUGCUCUUUAAAGAAUUGUAAUCUGAAUAAAGACAGGUUUCUGAUCAGCCGUACUUCUGCUUUCUAUCUGGUUCUUGUCUGUCAGUUCUUUUUUUUAUUGUUUCCCCCUUAUCUUCUGUGGUCUGAAGGAUGUUCCUGCCACAUCAAGCUCCUCUAGGAGGAGUACCACAAUUGUCUAAUCUAAUUUAUUUUUUAAUUAUUUGCUUCACAUUUUGCUUUAUAUGAUCUUGUUGAAGCUGAUUUAGAAAAUGGAACCCUUAUGUAUUCUUGUCUUCAGAGCCUUCAGUUUUAUGAAGAAUUUUCAACACUCUUAGUUGAUAUAUAAAGAUCAAGAUCAAUGAAUAAGAGCUUAUGUUCUCAUUUUCAAAAAUUCUGAAUUAAAAAAUUAACCAGGAAAUUAGUAAUUUAAAUACAUUUAUUUUACUCUAAUUGUACAUGUCACAAAUCAAUUAAAAUAGAUGUUCAGAAAAGAGUUGAAAUCAGACGAAGACACAGGUCUUUGGGAGUUGAAGUAUUUUUUUGUUAGGAAGAGAAUGUUAAGGAUUCAAAUAGGUUUUCGAGGCUCACUGUUAACAUAAUUUCCACAGGAAAGGGGAAAGAAUUGGUGUUCUAGGUGCUCUUGGAAGCCUGGAAGAAGGGAAAUAACAAACACUGCCUUGUCUCAGUGUAAAUGUAUAUUACAUUCUGGCUAAGAUAUUCAUUUGGAAAGUCCUAUGACGUUAACUCCUGUCAACCUGAAGGAGGGACUGAAAGAAUUCUAUCUUUGUUCCAGUUGGACCGCAGAUGGGGCAUUGGAAGAAAAGGGGGUUGAAGGGAAAACGACAUGGUUGUUGUCUUUUCUUUAGACAUUCGAAAAAGGUAUUAGGCUUGUAUUAGGCUUACUCUGUAGCUAGAAGACAGAAAUAGAGCUAAGGUAAAUCAAGAGUUUUGUUUGUUUGUUUGUUUUGACUUAGUGUCAAACUCCUUUGGUGGUAAACCUGAACUGAAAAGACAGGAAGCUUUUUUCCCCUUAGUGUGACUAUCAGUUUUACUGAAAAACAUCAGAAUGUUUGGUUUCAGAACUCUGCCUUAAAUCCCUCUGGAAGAGUUAUGUGUAGUAUUUUCUAAAAUCCAUAAAAUCCUUGGCUCUGGGUCUAUAAUAAGGGACUUGUACUUGACAAGGAUGACAUACCCAUUGAGUGAGGGGUAGGAUGGCCUUCUCCCGGCAUGAAAGUGUCUGAUUACACUGCUAUUGUUUGGCAGGAAGAAACUGCCUGACUUGUUCUCAGUCAGGAACAGUGACUCAAGGUAGUGUUUAUUCUCUUAGGAGAUCUUUUUCUGUUUUCUUGACUUAAGUAGGAUCACUAGGAGAAAAAUAUUCUUAUCAAUGUAGGGCAGUUCUAUAAAUUAUUCUGUCAGGAUUCUUUCCAGGAUGGGCUGUGGCCAACAGUGCUUUAAAGUUCAGAAAAAGUAUAAAUAUGUAUUAAUUGUUCAGAUAUGGUAAUUUGAAUGAGUCGCGUGUGAGGAGUUAAUAUUUUCACUAAAAGAGAUCUUGGAGCUAAAUCCAUACAUUUACCCAAGAUCAUACAGAUAAUUGGAAAGAUGAGAUUAGAAUCUAGGCUUUUCAACUACAGGCUGGUGCUCUUUUAGCCAUGUUUUGAUACAAAGAUGAAUUUGCUAAUUUUGUAAUUACCAGUAACUAAUCAUUGAAGGUAGUUUCCGGACACAUUUUUAGUUAGAAAUAUGCUAGAAUUUUAAGAUUUUCCAUUUGAAGUUGGACUAUAAUAUUGAUUAAACAGACUGGAUUAUGGGAGGAGAACUUAGCUAUUUGAACUCAAAAGACUUAGGUUCUUAUUUAGUUAGGCUCAGAAGCUACCUGUUUGACCUUAAAAUUUCUGGGACAGUUUAUUCUUCAAGAUGGUUGACUUUAAAUAGUCUGUAUUGAAAAAUCCUGAAAAUUUAUAUCAAGCACGCAGAUGAUUUAGGCCUUUCUGACAUUAAAAAAAAAAAUACUGCAUAUUCCUGAUUGUAAGAUACUAUCAACUGUAAAAUGUACCAUUUAGUUAAGAUAGUAUUUUAAAGAAAAAGAUCCUCGCUGAAAUGUAUGUAUCUGUUGUGAAAUGUGUCUUGAUUUCAGAAAAUGUAUAAGUGUGAUAAGUAUUUUACAGACUGGAAAAUAGAAUUUUUUAAUGUUAUCUUGUAACUUCAUUCAAGUAUUUCUCCUAUAUUUUCAUAAACUCAAAUUCUGAGUAACUUAUUGUAUCAAUAAAUGGCCUCAACUAAAAAGUUGAAUGAUGUGCAAUUCAGUAAAAGAGUUAUCUGUUGGGAUUUAAAUUUGAUAAUCUUCAAUGUAUUAUAUGUUUAUACUAAUAUUUUGUUAGUGAAGAAAUAAUCGAGUCUAUUUCAUCUCUCCUAAAAUAAUUAUUUGUAACUCAAAGCCUUUUGACUCUUCACUUUCACCCUCAUCAAUGGUAGAAGAGGUUGUUUUAUUGAUUUAUAGUUUGGAUGAAUUGAAUAAAUGAAUGUAGAAUUGUUCACAGGCAUUGAAAUGGUUUUUUGGCUUUAAAUUUAACAGCUAUGCUUUAUUUUAUUUUUAAGUGGAUUGGAAAAUAAAGACAGUAAUUUUCAUGA